UGGUGGUUUAAUUUUGAGAAAUAUGGUUGUGACUUGUAUGCUAAUAAGUAUUACAGGUGUAAAAUUUUCUCAAGAGACUCAAAAUAGAAUGAGAACAUUCUUCCUAAUUCUAAUGUGAUAUAGAUCUUGAUCCAAUCCUAAAUGUUUUCCAAAAUCUCUUUUCUCUCUCCAUCAACAUUUGGAGCAUCAAAUGUGGCAUCAAGAAGACAUUGAUAGGGAAAAAGGGAAGCAACUAGAGAUAAAGCAAAAAGGAAAUGAAAUGAAAGAGUAGAUCAUUGAACAUAAGAAAAAAAAAAUGGUUAGUGACGGCACAAAUUGUAAUGAUGCCAUCUCACAUGUUGCUACAUCUGUUAUUUGUUUCAUCUCUUUGUUGGGUAUUUGCCAUGGAGUGCAUAUACUCUUGAAGCCUCUUUCUCAACCUAGAAUCAUCUCUGAAAUCAUUGUGGGUUUAUUUUUAGGAAACUUGCCCUUUGUGAGAUCAGGGAUACUGCAUAUAAAGAGUGACAAUAAUGGUCUACAGAACAUGAAAUUCUUAACAGAUUUCGGGAUGACACUAUAUAUGUUUGCAUUAGGUCUUGAGAUGGAUCCCCUGGUGCUUUUCCGUAUACCUAAAAGAGAAGCUAUAGUUGCAUAUACUGGAAUGUUUUUCACAUUUGUUUUAACAAGUUGCACAGCUUCUUUCUUACGCUAUGGGAUGCACCCAAACAUCAAGUUUGACUUGGCUUUCUCAAUAAUCUUGUCGAGUACUGGUUCGACUUUGUUAACUCGAGUGCUAACAGACCUAAAGAUCGGGAAAUCUGACAUUGGCAAAUUUGCAAUCUCGGCAGCUGUGUACUCUGAGUUGGUAACUAUAUUGAUAGUGUGCAUUGGAUACAUCAUUUUUCAACCAGAGAGUAAUUUUCAGGUGCGUCACAGAACACCUGACCAGCAUGAAUAUUUCAAAGGGCACGGUGUUAUCCCUCUUGGUGUGGCAUUGGUGGUGCAAAUCAUCUUAACACUGGUGGCAGGACCUAUAAUAUUGAGUUGGGUCAAUAGCGCAAAUCCUCAUGGAAAGACCUUUAAAGGCUCACAUUUAGUGCUCUCAGUUGCAUUUACAGUGAGUAUCGGAUGCAUUUCUCCCCUUAUGGGAUUUAGCCCUGUGCUUAGCGCAUUUGUUACUGGGGUUUUCUUACCUCGAGAAGGGAGAGUUUCACAGUUUGUUGUCAAUAAAGUUAAUUACUUCUUGACCUUUGUUUUUUAUCCAUACUUUGCCUUUUGGGUAGGGUUGGAAGCACAAUUUGGUCGAUUUGAGUUUAAGACGCUUGGUUCUUGGGCAAGGUUGUUUGGUCUUUUUGCUGUUGGAACGGUCGGAAAGAUCAUUGGAGCCCUUAUAUCAGGGUUAAUUUUUAAAUUUCAGUGGAGUGAUUCCAUAAUUCUUGCACUGCUUUUAAACGUUAAAGGCCAGUUACACAUAUACCUGACCAUCAUCGCCAUGAAGAAUGAUAUAAUGAGUUAUUCAACGUGUAUUGGCAUGAUAUUAGCAAUGUUCCUGAAGAUAGUCUACGUCCCAAUGAUUGCAAGAUACAUCAUUCGACGUGCUAGGAAACGAUUGCCAAACCAGCCUCUGGCAUUGCAAUGGCAUGAUCCUACCAAGGAGCUUCGUAUCCUAUUAUGUCUUCAUGGCCCGGAAAACGUUCCUUCUGCCAUUAAUUUUAUGGAGAUUACAAAGGGAAGUGGCGACCCCGGCAUAUUAGUCUAUGCUACUGAUAUGAUACAACUCACAGACGAGAUUGCGUCCACAAUGGUUUCAAGUGGAAUAGAUGAUGUAGAGGUAACAGAUGCAAAUGUGGUCCAACUUAGGAAGAAAAUUACUAAUACACUACAAGAAUAUAUAGAUGAACAUGGUGAUGGAGUCACUCUUCAAAGAGCCAUGGCCUUAUCUACUUAUAACACCAUGAAUCAGGAGAUUUAUAACUUAGCAGAGGAUUCAAUGAUUAGCCUUGUUGUCCUUCCAUUUCAUAUCACUCUUACAAAUGAUGAAAAGGCAUAUGAAAACAAUAUAGGGUUCAGACAUGUUAACCGGAAGGUGCUUCGGAAUGCCCCAUGCUCUGUUGCAAUCAUGGUAGAUCGAGGUUUUGGCGCAAUCAGGCAAAUAUCAAAAUCAAGCAGCAGUGUUCUAAACACUGUUGUUAUAUUCAUUGGUGGCAAGGAUGAUAGGGAAGCAUUAGCUUAUGCAGGUCGUAUAGCCUACCAUCGUGGAGUGAAGCUAACAGUAAUGAGAUUCUUAGUAGACACGGAAGCAGAUAAUUGUAAUACCUCUACUAAAAGGACAUCUCAACAAGAAGAAGAGAUGAAACAUGACGAUGAAUGUUUCGCAAAUUUCUACGAGAAGCAUGUUGCAGGAGGAAAAGUAUCAUACAUGGAAAAACACUUGGUUAAUUCAGCACAAGCUUACACAACAUUAAGAUCAUUAGAAGGGCGCUAUGGAUUGUUUAUAGUUGGGCAAGGAGGAAGAGUUAAUUCAAUGUUGACAAUGGGGAUGAAUGAUUGGGAGCAAUGUCCAGAAUUAGGACCUUUAGGGGAUAUUCUUUCAGGUCCAAACUUUUCCACCACUGCUUCUGUUUUAAUUGUUCAACAACACAAUCCUAAAGUUGAACCGAGGGGUGCAGAUAAUGAAUUUUGCAUUAUGUGAUAGCCCUAGUCCUAUUAAUUUGUAUACUUCAUGAUCAUGCUUGUGGUAGGAAUUUGGAAACUCCAUCAUUUAGUAUCUAUAUAGUAUACAAGUAUGAUUAGUAAAAUACAACUAUAUACAUGUACUCCAUCAAUUGUGUUGGCUUGAUUUCAAUAUGUUAUGGACUUAUGGCAUAAAAUUUUUUAC